AAUAAAUAAAAUCUUUAAAAAAAAUUAAAAUAAAAUAAAAUCCCAAUUGCUAAAUACCUUGACUGUGUUUCUCGGAAUGUACAGACGCUGAAAACGUAGACCUGAUGUUCACCUUGACACCGUACAUUUUGCCACGGAGCACCUCUUAUUUGCUCAAUUACAUCAAUUAUGUCCACACAUGUGUCUGAUUGUUGCAGGUAUGUCUUUCAAAUAUGAGGAAAGAACAGAGGGAGGAAGAGACGGGAUAGGUGUGACGAUACAAAGAAAGGUAUCCCACCUGAUUUUCUGGAAUCUCGAGGGCAUAUGAUUCCUUAGGUCUAGAAUGGAACGAAGCCCCCUUACUCUUCGCCCGUGCACACAGGUAUCCCUCACAGGAAAUAACAACUGGCUACUCUCCUACUAAUGUCGUUCUUCAGAGAUAUAUUAGCUUCGUUAAAUGCUGAAAAACAUCCCACUGUAUGGACAGACCACAUUUUCCUUAUCCAUUCACGUGUUGAUGACCAGGUGUUAUUGCUUCCAAACCACUUCCGCAUGGUAGGGAAGUUGCUGCAGGAAGAUGUUUUCCAGGCUCUUGGAAUUGAAGAUGACAUCUCAGCCCCCUACUUCAUUUCACUAGGGAAGAAGGGAAGAAAACCGAGGGUCUUGAGAGAGAAUAACGAAGUUCAGCACCCAGGCUAUUUGUUCUGUGAAGUCAGGCCAAUGAUACCACCUCCAUGUCUUCACCUGUGAAACGGGGCGGUAACAACAGUACCAAACUCAAUGGA